AUGAUCGAGGUGUUGGCCAAGCUGGGCCGUGGGCCUGUUUUCCUGGCAGGGGAGGUGCUGGAGUGCGUGAUCACUUUCACCAACCCGUUAUCGGCCUCGUCUACCUCUGCCAGCAGUGAGAUGCUGGCCUGGGCCAGUGCCCAGAUCCAUUGCCAGUUUCACGCCAGCGAGAACCGGGUAGCAGUCCCUCCCUCUGAUGGCAGCAAGCAUGACGUGCAGGCAGAGAACGAGACAGUCUUCAUCCCCAACAGAGGAGAGCGAGGUCAGUGUAUCCUGUCCACUCCACCAAAGAUUCUCUUCUGUGACUUGCGACUGGAUCCCGGCGAGUCAAAGUCCU